GCGGCAGCCUCGAGCACGUUUGCUAACUUGCUACUAUACGUGAGGAAAUUUGAAAAUGGCGCCGCAGAAAACACAGCUGAGGAAAUGUUUUUAGCUCGAGGUGAACAGUUGAAGCAGGGUGAAAAUGGAGCCCAGCAGCAGCGAAGGCGGCGGAGAGGAAUCGAUCCUCUCCAGAAUGGCUCUUAAUGAUAAUAAAGCUGGCAUGCAGGGUCUCGACAAAGACAAAAUCAACAGGAUCAUCCUUGAAGUGUCCAAGGGGUCUAAAUUCUAUGAGAAUGAGCUUAAAAAGGAACGUCAGGUGAACCAGCGCAUAGAGAACAUGCUGCGACAUAAAGCUAAGAUCACUGAACAGCAAAAACAAAAAGCACAAAUAGAGGUGGCUAAGCUGAGCUUUAAGCUUGAAGGUAGACGUGAACUGGGUCGGGUUAUUGUGCAUGUAGACAUGGAUGCUUUCUAUGCUGCAGUGGAGAUGAGAGACUGUCCAGAUCUGAAGGAAAAACCCAUGGCUGUGGGAUCCAUGAGCAUGUUGUCCACUUCCAACUACCAAGCCAGGAGGUACGGUGUCCGUGCUGCCAUGCCUGGCUUCAUUGCCAAGAAGCUCUGCCUGAAUUUGGUCAUUGUUCCACUCAACUUUGACAAAUACAGAGCAGUGAGUGAACAGGUGCGAGAGAUAUUUGCAGACUACGAUCCUCACUUUCUGCCCAUGAGUUUAGAUGAAGCUUAUCUUGACAUUACUGAACAUCUAGAGCAGAGGCAACACUGGCCAGAGUCAAUGAGAACGUAUUACUUCUGUGAACCAAGGACUGGAGAAGAGGUGGAUAAACCAAAGGAUGAUGCUGGAGUAAACACUGAUAACCUGUCCCCGCUCCUGUUUGAUGAUAGCCCCAGUGCUUCUCAUGCUGUCCCUGGGGCUAAGGUAGAGGUGUUCGGUACGAGUUCUGAAGAGGCUGUAAGGGAAAUGCGCUUCCGGAUAGAACAGAAAACAUCACUGACCGCAAGUGCUGGUAUUGCACCAAACAUGAUGCUUGCUAAAGUAUGUAGUGACAAGAACAAGCCCAAUGGUCAGUACAGAAUCAUUCCUGAGAGACAAGCUGUGAUGGCCUUCAUACAGAAUCUCCCCGUUCGGAAGGUGUCUGGAAUUGGGAAAGUGACCGAGAAGAUGCUAGCUGCUCUGGACAUUAUUACUUGUUCACAUCUCGGACAGCGGAUGGCGACACUCUCGUUGCUUUUCUCUGAAACAUCCUGGCAUCAUUUUCUCCAGAUUUCACUUGGGCUGGGCUCCACGCGCAUAGAGAGAGAUUCUGAGAGAAAAAGCAUGAGCACAGAAAGGACAUUUACAGAGAUGAGCGAUGCAGAUGAGCAGUAUUCACUGUGCAAAGAACUUUGUCAUGACUUGGCUAAGGACCUACAGAAAGAAGGAAUGAAGGGUAAGACUGUUACUUUGAAAAUAAAGAACGUCAGCUUUGAGGUGAAGACCAGAGCGUUUACACUGCAGUGUGCUGUGUGCACUGAAGAGGAGAUCUUUGCUGUUGCUAAGGAUCUUCUGAAGGCUGAGAUUGAUAAUGUCGGCCCUGAACCACUGAGGCUCAGACUAAUGGGUGUUCGAGUCUCGGGUUUCAUCAGCGUUGAGGACAAACAGCCCCAGCAGAAAAGUAUCAUGGGUUUUUUAAAGACGGCAUCAGAUUCAACAAAGUCAUCCAAAGCUGAAGUGAAAUCUGAAACGGCCAGUGUGUUGGGCUCUAGUGUCGAUUCAAACAAGCAACCGUGUGCUUUAGUCGCAAAGGGAAUGUCCAAACCUCUUAAUUGGGGGGCUUACUCAGGGGGCUCGACUGAACUUCAGCAACAGACCUUUUUUCAAAAAGCUUAUGCGAAAAGAUUGCAAGAGCAGUCUGAUCAAGAACAAACCCCUGUGGUUAGAAAUGAACAUCACGAAGACUCAACUGUAACUGCUAAAUCUGGCUUAAUUGCUACAACAAGCAAAGCGACAGUCAAAACGGAGAAUGCACAAUCAACACAAACAUAUGAAACCAGAACAAAGACUGAUACAGACUCACCCAAAACAAACAACGUUUUAUAUACAACCCAGUGCUUAAACCAACAGUUGGUAGCCCAAACACAGUCUUCUAAUAUGCUGCAGUGCUUUACAUGCCCUGUAUGCUUCAAUCAAAUCAAAACUACAGACCUCACAUCAUUUAACCAACAUAUAGAUGAGUGCCUUAGUUCCGGAGUGGACAGCAAGAUGGGGUUGACAGGGUUGGACAAGCAAGAUGAAGUGGAAAACCUUCUGCCUGAAUAUGACCACGCUCUUCCAGGAUCAAGCUCAAUGGAAACUGUCAAUAAAGAUCUUUACACCCAAACUUCAAAAUCAGUGGAAACACAUUCUUGUGAAAACGCUAAUUUUGUUUUUAAAGCCGUGAAUGAUUCAGGAUCUACAGCCUUGCAACAAACAGCUGGUUCUGUUGAACUUAUCGGUUCACCGCGCUCAACUUUGACAUGUCCAGUGUGCAAUCAAGUUCAGGAUACUCACAACCUCACUGAGUUUAACCGUCAUGUGGACAUGUGUCUCAACCAAGAAGUGUUGAUGGAACUCAGAGAAGCUGUUCCACAAAGGAGUCAGUCAGAGGCAAAUUUGCCUGGGAAGCUCAAAGAUCCUGUAAGAAGCUCUAAUGAAAGAGGAAAGAGCAAAAGACGAGCCUCAUCACCACUUCCUGCGCCCAAGAAAACCAAAGCAGCCAGCAGCACAAAGCACACUAUUGAUUCAUUCUUCAAAGGAAACUGCAACCAGAAGUUCUAAUGUACUCCUUUUUCAAAGUUGUUCAUGGUAAUGCAUCAGAGUAAACAAAUCUAGAUCAAGUCACAUACAUGACAGUUAAAAUGAGGAAUAUUAUUAGUGAAGGAAUUCUGAUUCAGGGUAAGAAUAGAAGUGGUUCUGUGAUGUGAUAUUAGAAAAUAUGAAGCCAUAUGUUGUGUGUAUUUAAUUAAUGCAAAGAAUAUUUUUUACUCUAUUUAUUUAAUAUAUUUCUAAUAAUAAAUGAAGCACAUUUAACCAUAUAUAAUAGCAUACGAUUCUGAAAUUGCUAACUUAUUAGGUUCAGUAUUUUAUUUGGCCACUUGUUAGCCAAGCUAAUGUGUCAUUAGCUUCAUGUACUGGACUAGGAUCCAAAAGAGUGAUAUUAUCUAAAGUACUGAAUAAACGAAGACUGUCUGUCAGAUCAAAAGA